GUUUUGUUGCCGCUUGAGUUAUGAUGAUCCGGUAACAUCAAGAGAAAUUUUGUGCCGAUUAAUAAAGUGAAAAUACGUGUGAAAACUUCGUUUUCGUAAAAAACUAGAGCCAGCAAAAUGGAGGUUUGUCGAACGUGCAUGAACGAACGUGGAAGUGAGGUCGUGGGGAAGGAUUUCCGUUCGAUAUUUUCCAACAUCGAAGUUGAGGCGACCAAUGUUUACAUCGCUGAUUGCCUGACACAGUGGGUCGGCCGUAAGGUAGGCCCAAACGACGGUAUGCCAUCGGAAAUAUGUCCCCCAUGUCUGGAAGCGAUAAAAUCCAUCACCUUGUUCAUACAGAAUGCCAAGGAUUGUGACAAAAAACUACGACGGAUCCUGCAACCGGGUGCCAAUGAAUCACCAAAUGAUAUCGAAUCGUGCAUUGGAUUGGAGAUGAAAAUCGAAGUAGAAGACGAUUCCUUUGGAAAAUUGACAGACGAUGAACAAACUACGGACUCGAAUCAGCAAAUAGUAUUGAGCAAACGUACGAAAGUGCAGCAAGAAUCAGAGGAAUUGGAUGCGUUUGGUGGAAUUGAUGUGGAACAGCAUAGUAACUUUAGUUCCUCGGAAGCUGAAGAAGGUAAGGUUACGCAUUCCAAAAAAGGUCGCGGAAAAGGUGGAAGAUUUUCUGUGAAAGCGGAAAAAGAACCCAAGGAUAAUUAUAACAGCGACGAAUCAGAUACGUUUAAUGUUAUUGAAAGUCAGAAUCAAAUCCCUUGCUGUGGUUGCUUAAAGUUUUUUGAUACUGAAAAGGAGCUAGAACAUCACGGUGGGGUCGUUCACGAGGAGACUAAAAGAAGAAAUAAUCCUGUGAAUGUUGCCAAGACAAAUGUUUGCAAAGUUUGCUACAAAAGAUUUGCUACUCAUUCUCCUCUAAUAGCACACCGCAAUCGAUACCAACGUAUCGAUAGGGUAUACGAAUGCAAAAAAUGUAGCAAAAGAUUUUUGGCCGCUGAAUCUGUUAGAAAACAUGCUUUGCUUCACGCAAACGAUACUAUUGAACACCCCAAACUAUAUCCAAUAUCAAUAGCUCGCCUGGAAAAAUAUGGUUAUCUGUGUUGCGUUAAAAAAUGUUCUUCGUCACAUACUUCAGAGAACGCUCUUCUUGAACACAUUUCGAAGGACCACAACUUGAUUACAGACGCAGCUGCCGCCUCUUCCGAACUUCAAUGUCCCUUUUGUCAAAGGUCAUAUGCAUCCCAAGUAAAACUUCAAGCACAUUACAACAACUUAUACACUACGUAUUCCUUGAAUGCAUCUCGACACCAGUGUCAUCAAUGUGGCGAAAUUUUCAAGACUCAAACUUCACUGAACAGUCACGUUAACAAACAUGCACAGACUAAACCCUAUGAAUGCGAUUUUUGUUCAAAAAGUUUCUACAGUGAUUCAGCGUUGAAACAGCAUAAAUUAAUCCACACUCAAGACAAAACAUCGACAUGUUCCAUAUGCGGCAGAGCAUUCCGUACCAAGCACUUUUUGGAAAAUCAUUACAGGGUGCACAGCGACGAAAAACCAUUCGCUUGCGAUAUUUGUCAUAAAACCUUCCGAUACUCUUCAUCCCUGUUCAUGCACAAGGGAACUCAUGCGACAGUCAAGCGUCACCAAUGUUCCGUAUGCGGGAAAGGAUUUACCGAUACGGCAAACAUGAGCCGCCACAUGGUAAUGCAUACGGGAAUCAAGCCAUACCAAUGCCAGCACUGCGAGAAGCGCUUCAUGCGGUUGGCAGAGAAAUCGGAACAUGAGAGCAUCGUGCACAUGGGCAUUAUGCCUUAUGCCUGCGAAAUCUGCGGAAAAGCCUUCUCGUCGAAACGUCCCUUCCUGAAGCAUGAAGCAUCGUGCACUGGUGGUCGGCUACAAUGAGGGUCGUCAUUGUGGUAGAACAUUGAAGGGGAUAAUGUCCACUGGGCAUUUUGGUAACAAUGUCAUGUCAUGUUUUCUGAUCAUUCUUUCAAAUAUAAUUUCAUAAAAGCCUAUAA